CGGCGGUUACCUACGGAUAUGCAGCCUCGGCCUUGUUUCUAUGGAACCUUGCUGAAAGGUUGCCAGUAAUGGACAAGCUACGUAAACAGAAACGGUACGGUAGAUCUGUCUUUAAACUAUGGGCACCUUCGAUAGAUAAUUAGCAGAAAUAGUUUGGCGCUUCUGUUUUUCAUCACUGGUUAUUUGGACAAAUCACGAUUUCGCAGCUGUUUCGCGUCAUUCGAAUUUCGGAAGGGACAUUCGGUCCAUGGACUUGCCCGUAACUUGCAAACAGAGAGCGUGGAGCUCAAACGUAAUACUUAUUACUGCAUUAAUUUUGUUACGCACUUCUACAAUGUAUCAACAAUGGGCUACAUUAUGCGUCGCGAUUCUUGACGUAGGCGCUUCUUCAUGUGACCUGACUUCUCGAUGUGCUACUAAAGUUCUGUAGUUCUCAUGGACUUCUCGUGAAUUCAACAUUCUUAAAUCAACAAACAAAUCAUAAGACGCAACAUGGCUUUUGCCAUUCCUAUGGUUAUAGUUACACUGUUUUGGGGAUUUGUUGGAGGGGUGGUACCAUGGUUUAUUCCGAAGGGACCAAACAGAGGGGUCGUCAUUACCAUGCUAGUAUUGACUGKAGUUUGCUGCUACUUGUUCUGGUUGAUAGCCAUUCUCUCCCAGCUGAAUCCACUGUUUGGACCUGCUUUGAGUAAUGACACUAUUUGGUAUCUGCAAUUCCACUGGCGCUGACUCUGCCCUCGACUCUGCCCUCAAUGACUGAGAAAGGCACAGGAGGACCAAAGGCAUCAUAAACCUGUCCAUUUAGCUUUUUUAACUUUAUAUCUGACUCUUGGUUUACCUAAGAUAAUGGUAAUAAAUAUACUGAAAUAGCUUGCCAGACGGAAGUCAUGCUAGCCUGUAAAACAGUUAGCAACAUCUAGGGAAGCUAUAUCUAUGUAGGAAUUUGAAAAUGAGGGGGCAAGCACAUUGAGUGAAAGUGAUUGUUUUAUUUCUUACUGCUGAGUAAUAGCCUCUUCUAUUGAUAGAGGGGGGCUGGCAUGUGGCCGGGGAGCGCAGGCAGAUCUAAGUCCUCCAGACUUUCCCACAGGCCCUGAGCUCAGACCCUCCCAUCAAUGGAAUCCUUGGCUUUGUUUAUAUUUAUUUUAUUAACCACACAGUUACUAAGUAUUUURGGGUUAAAUGCUCUUUCAAUGUAGGAUAUAGGAUCUUCAGCGAUGAUUGGAUUCACAUUACCUUGCUCAUCCUAUCAGCUUUGUGUUUCUCAAAUCUCGUGUUGUUUAUUUAUCUCACCCAACUUGUCUGUUACAAUUAAUAUUUGAAGGUGCCUCAAAAUCCACUUUGUGAUUUUGUUUUUGUACUGUAUGCACAUUUUUGGGGACACAGUGUGCCCAAGCAUUUCCUGUACAGGCAGUAAUGUUGACUAAAUGAGUUAACCUUG